AUGGGGAAGUACGACUGGUCUGGCUACUUGGCUCUCGUCCAGAUGAUCCAAGACUCGGGGCUAUUGGUCCGGGCCUCGCUCUACACUCAUGCUUCCACGGAUCCCGCGAUUCCUCUCCCACAGUGGGUCUCCACCGUCGGCGAGGCAGACCCCAGCGUCUUCUUCACCGACAGAGCCGGCAACCUUCACAGAGAGUGCCUCUCCCUUUCUGCGGACGAUCUCCCAGUACUCGAGGGAAAGACUCCGUUGGAAGUUUACCGGGCGCUGCUUCAGAGUUUCAGAGAUACUUUCUCAAGCUUCCUGGGCUCCACCAUCACGGUAAUGGCGACCACUGAUUCUGCUCCGUUCGUCUUCUAAAUCCGCUGCCGGCGAGCUCGAGCAACAGGAACUAACGAUUAAUCUCCCUCCCUUGGGAUGUCCUCCUCUCUCAGGAUGUUCUGGUCGGCCUGGGUCCCGACGGCGAGCUCAAGUACCCAUCCAUGCCGGCGUCACGAAAUCGCAACGCCACCGGAGCUGGAGAGUUUCAGUGCUACGACAAGAACAUGCUGGGCCACCUCAAGCUCCAUGCCGAGGCCACCGGGAACCACUUCUGGGGCCUCUCCGGCCCCCACGACGCCCCCUCAUACAACCAGUCGCCGGACUCCGGCACCUUCUUUAAGGACGCCGGCGGGUCCUGGGAGACCCCCUACGGGGACUUCUUCCUCUCUUGGUACUCCGGCCACCUCCUCGCCCACGGAGAUCGCGUCCUCUCCAUGGCCUCCGCCGUGCUCGGCGACCUCCCGGUGCAGAUCCACGGGAAGCUCCCCGUGAUGCACGCCUGGUCCAAGUCCCGCUCCCACCCCACGGAGCUAGCCGCCGGACUCUACAACACGGUUAACAGGGACGGCUACGACGCCAUCGCUGACAUGUUCGCCAGAAACUCCUGCGGGAUGAUCCUCCCGUCCAUGGACCUCGCCGACGAGCUCCAGCCAGCGGCCCUGCGCGCCAGCCCCGAGUCCCUGCUGUCCCAGAUCAUGAGGGCCUGCAACAAGCACGGCGUCGCCGUCACUGGCGAGAACUCUUCCGUCCGCGGCCCCCCUGAGGGCUUCGUCAAGAUCAGGGAUACUCUCUCCAGGGGGAGGAGGGCCUCCUCCCCGGAGGAGCCCGUCAUCGCCAAGUUCACCUACCAGAGGAUGGGCGCCUACUUCUUCUCGCCGGAGCAUUUCCCGGCGUUCACCCAGUUCGUCCGCAGCCUCGAGUGGUCUGAGCUCCACUCCGACGACCUUCCCGCCGCCGGCGGCGAGACGAUCCCCUUGACGGCGGCGCCAUCUCCCAAGGAGAUCACUACCAGGCAGAUGCAAACGGCAUAA